AUGUCAGGAACAGUCACUGCUAGCAGCUUUGGCUCUGAAGAACAGAUUACAGAGGACCUUUUCACCCCAGAGUACAAACGUUUGAAAGCACGAAAUCCGGCACCAGAUUUAUCCACAGUUGUAGAUCUUGAUCAUUAUACAAGUACUGGAGAAACGGUAAUCAGCCGGAAUCCAAUCAGAUGUUGUGACCUGAAACCUGUAGCAGGUCUAAGACCAUGUCAGGAGUGGAAAGUUUUCCAAUUCCGAAACUAUCCAGGUCUCAUCGUAAUUAAGAAUCCCUUUAUUGAUGGCUAUCAGAGAUAUUGGGUCCACCGAUGCCUGGAGAGUUUCCCGUCAGACAAAGAUAAUGUGACCAACCUGACAGCUCUUGGUGACAACAGUAGCCAGGAUUUAUGGCAGCAGUUUGUCCACAAGAAAUGUGAGACCUUUGACAAGCAUGACCCGCUGAGGAAGUUGAGAUGGACUACACUAGGAUAUCACUACAACUGGACCACCAAGGAAUAUUCGGAGGACAACAAAGCUACUUUUCCCCUGGAUGUCAGCUGUUUGUCUCAGUAUUUCGCUGCCUGCCUCGGCUUUACCCAUUAUCGGGCAGAGGCUGCAAUUGUCAACUACUACCAUUUGGACUCUACACUGGCUGGACAUACUGACCAUUCAGAAGUGGACCAUUCUGCCCCUCUGUUUUCCAUCAGCUUUGGACAGACAGCAAUAUUUCUUCUCGGAGGGAGCAGCAAAUCUGUGAAACCAAUGUCUGUGUUUCUGCGGAGCGGGGAUGUGUGUGUAAUGAGUGGAGAGUGUCGUUUAGCAUACCACGCUGUUCCCAAAAUCUUGGCUCCAACAUCUGAAGAACCUUUACUGUCUGCAUUCAGUCUGAGACACAUUGACAAACAUGGACUGUAUGAUAGCAUCACAUCGACAUCUUCAAACUGUGGACUUCAUGGUGAAAGGAAGAAUGUCAACUCAGAGAAUAGUUUCAAGGCUGUAGCAAGUAAUGCAGAUAAACCAGCAGGUAUUUCAGAUUCCUGCAGUACUGAUUGUGUUAGAAGUACACAAUCACAUAUAGGACAAUCACAUAUAGGACAUUUAGAGAAUGCCGAAAUAGCACACAGGGCAACGGAAGAUGAAGCAAACCCUAUGAAUAAUAAUGGUAAUCAGAAGUGUAAGGAAGAUGCCGGCUGCUUUAACGAUUAUCGUGAUAAUAUUGAAAAAGUUAAUUCUGAAAUAGAGGAAGUUGUUGCUGCCCUCGACUUUCACCCAUUUCACGUGUAUUUGAAAUCUUCAAGGAUCAACUUGAACAUCAGACAAGUGCUGCCCCCUGGUGUAACAAGGCUUCAGGAUAAAAGCCGGUUACAAAGUUUGAAUAAUUCUUGUGACUUUUCUAGUGAAAGUUUGUGUGCCAGACUGAUAAAAAGAAACAUUCAGAGGGUGUCAGAGUGUAAGAUGCCUGAAUCUGGCACUGAUGUUUCUGAAGGUGAUAGAUGUGUGAGUGAUGUGGUUCAAGAAAGUGAAGAAACAGCAGAUGUUUACUCGGGGAUAGAUGACACAAAGAAAAUCAAAAUGAAUGAUUCAGCUUCCUGA